AUGGAAAAAUCAUUAAUCAACAAAGAUCAAGAUAUAUCGUUUUUAAAAAAUGCUAGUUUAGAUGAACUUAGUGAUAAAUUGAACUCAGGAAUUAGAAUAUCAGAAAAUCAAAAUAAAAUUUUAAAAGAUGAAAUUCGGAAAUUAAAAGAAGAAACUCAAGAAGAAUCAUUUGAAAAUAUAGCUAAUCUUGAUGAUGCUAAAACUAGAUUAGAAGCAGAUUUAGUUUUAUCAGUAGAGCAAUUAAAAAUGUAUUUUGAUUUUUUAAAGCAAGAACUUGAAAAUAAAAAAAAUAAAUUAAUUGAACAAACUAUACUAUUGAAUGAAAGUGAAACAAUUUGUAAAAUUAUUAAAUAUAGAAUCGAUCCAUUAUCGGAAAUUCCUCAAGAAUUGGAACAUGAAAUUAAAGGAGUUGAUUCACUAAAUGAUAACAUAAAAAAUAAUCAAUUAUUAAUAACAGAAAUAAUUGAAAAACAUUUUGAUCGUCUUCUUAUUCGUAAGGAUGAGGAAGAUAAAGAAAAAGAUAAAAAAAAAGAUAAAAAAAAAAAAAAACAAGAAGAUGAUGAUGAAUAUGAAGAUGAAACUAUUGAUAAAAAUUAUCUUUAUGAUUUGGAGUACGAGGAAAUAAAUGAAAAUGAAAUUGAAAAUGAAAAUGAAAUUGAAAAUGAAAUUGAAAAUGAAAUUGAAAAUGAAAAUGAAAUUGAAAAUGAAAAUAAAAAUGAAAAUGAAAAUGAAAAAGAAAGUGAAAGUGAGUGUGAAACUGAAAAUGAAAAUGAAAAUGAAAAUGAAAAUGAAAAUGAAAAUGAAAAUGAAAAUGAAAGUGAAAAUGAUGAAAGUAAUGAGGAUGAAAGUGAAGAAAUUUUAGAAAAGAAAAGAAGAACUCAAUCUAUUGAAAACUAUGAAUUAAGAAAAGAAACUUUUAAAUAUGUUUUACAACAAGUAUUGCAUCGUUUUUCAACAAAUCCAGUAUCAUAUAUUUCAAGUAAAGACAAAUCAUUGGAACUAACAGAAGGUGUUUCACCACAAGAAUCAAUUCAAAUCCUAAAAAUAGCUGGUCUUAUUGAAUUUGAUCCAGAAGAUAGUAAUUGUUUCAGAUUAGUUAGGGAUAAUAGGGAACUUGACAAAAAAUAA